CAACAUAUGGAACCACCAAACGCACUGUCUUUCUUGCUUUACGACCAUCCUGCAAAAAAGUGGGUGAUUUCUCCAUCUGAUCUCUAGCUAACUUGCAACACUCCCAUCCAUCCUUUGCUUUUUCUUCCUCUUCUGCUUGUAUGGAUACUGCUCAGUGGCCACAGGGAACUGGACUAGUGCAACUCCCCAUGGAAGGUAACAGUAAUUCCGGAGCAGCUGUAGUGGAUCAUCAAAGGAAUAAUGAUAGUACUAAUAUAAGUAACAAGGCAAUUUCAGCUUCUGCAAGGCCACAAAAGCCCCAAGCUAUAAACUGCCCAAGGUGCAAUUCAACUCACACGAAGUUUUGCUACUACAACAAUUACAGCCUUUCUCAGCCAAGAUACUUCUGCAAGACUUGUAGAAGGUAUUGGACUGAAGGGGGAUCUCUUAGGAGUGUUCCGGUUGGCGGCGGUUCGCGAAAAAACAAGAGAUCUUCAUCUUCUUCUUCUUCUUUGGUGUCCAAGAAGCUUCCUGCAGGACACGAGACCAUUAGUUCUCAUCAAAACCCUAAUAUUAAGAUCUACCAUGAGGGGAGUAGUCAAGAUCUUAACCUAGCUUAUCCGCCGAUUACAAACCCUAGCUAUACCCUUGGCAUGCCUCAUGAAUUCGCGGAGUAUCCCAACUCUACUCUUGCAUCUCAAAAUAAUUUCUCCCAGUUUUUGAAAUCCGGAAUCAGCGGUGGAAGAGGAUUCAGCUCUUUCAUGUCCAUGAUUCCGGUUUCGGAUUCGAAUGGUACUGGACUACUCUACUCAGCAUCAACAUCUGGAUCAUCACCAGGCCUUCCUUUUCAAGAAUUUAGUAAAACAAGCCCAGGGCUUAAUUUCUCACUAAAUCAACACCAAGGGUUUGAGGAUUCAGGGAAUCGAGGAGGAUAUGGAAGCACUUUGCAAGGAGUUCACCAGGAGAACAGUUCUAAUACCAGUCAUCCGAAGCUGUUCAACUUCCCUUUUGAAGAUCUGAAACAGACAGAUGUUGUUCCAACCACAAGUACAGCUCACGAUGAACUGAAUCGCCACGAUGAAGGCGGUGAUGAUCAUCUUCAAUCUUCUGGACUAAUCUGGAGUAAUGGAGGAUUAGGUGGUAGUGGUGCUUCAUGGUAGAAUCAUCAUCUGUGGACUAACUGCAAAAUUAUUCCAUUACAUAUGUGUGAUGCUGUGUUGGUGUGUCAAGGUAAAGUUUUCGUGCAAUCUUACUGGCCAGGAGCUUGAAAAUUCAUAAAUUUACAGUACUAGUAUAUAUUACUGCGCCUGGGGGAAGAGUUUUGUUAAACACCUAAAUUCAAGUAAAAAAAACAAGGAACAAUUUUGCAGAUCAGCCUACACUACUAAUUAGGAGUUUAUUAUUGGGUGGUUCUUUUUCCUUUAAAUUCUCUUUACAUUUGCCCUAUCUAGAGUUUAAUUUGUUUGUUAUCCUAUGUCUUUUUAUUAUUGAGUGGGAAGAUAUGACUGCUGUAAAUUUGUGAAGCUUAUUUUUUUUGUUGGCUUCAAAAUGUAUAUUUCUCUAUAUAUAUUUCAAAGAUAUAGCUGAAAAAUGAUGAGAGGACCUGCAAUUUAUUGCUAGUGACUAUACAUUUUUCUUUACCA